ACGUACGGCCUCAAGAACCCUAGCUUAGGUCGUCGUCGUUGUCGUCGCGCGUCCUUACUCCCUUAGCCUUGCGAUUAAGCUAACCUCUUUCCUCCAUUAAAUACCUCCACGUUCACAGCUUCAUGCAAACCCUCGCGUUCCUCUCUCCUCCAUCCACCUGUAAAGCUAAGCUUCUUCUUCAUCCAUGUCCUUAUCCUAAUCUCUCUCUCUCUCUCUCUCUCUCUCUCUAACUCUAAGCUUGUGGCUAAGCUCAAAGCUUUAGCUAUAUAGGGGUAUAUAAAACCACAGCCCUAGCUAAACAAAAAUAGAUUAAUUAGCCAAUUAAGUACGUGACACUCGAGCUCCAUCAUCACAAGCCUAGUUAGCUACUGCAACUAAUUAACUUUCGUGUGUACAAAAUGUCGCAGCUGCCGCCGCCGAUGGCCGCCGCCGCCGCUGCGGUGGGCGUCGCCGACGGGGGGAGGACGAAGAAGCGGGCGGGGCUCCCGAGGCUGCUGCACAAGUUCUUCUUCAAGGUGCUGCGGCUGAGGCCGGCGGCGGCGGCGGCGGAGCCCGGCGCCGCCGCGUUCGAGGCCUACUACGGCUACCGGAUGGUGGACGAGUACUACUACUACAGCUACGGCGGCGCCGCCGGGCCGGCGUCUUGGGCGGGCGUGCUCUCCUCCAUCCCGGAGGAGGAGAGCUCCGACGAGGGCACGCCGGCCGCCGACGCCGCCACGCUCCGCAAGGCGCGCUCCGACUCCGACCAGUUCGUCGCCGCCGAGGCCGCCGCCGUCGCCGUAGUAGUAGUAAAUUACCGCGGCGCAGCUAGCUGAGUGAGCUAAGCUUGCUAUACUCAGCUCUAUCCUCAUCGCCGUCCGAUCAGAAAUCGACGGUCUGGAUGAGGUCAUGGACGUUUCAGAUCAUCUUCUGCACGCAUCAACCCUCACUCACGCAUCUCAAAGUUCAUCGGACGGCUCCCGAGAAUAGAGGCAGAAAGUGUUACAUCUCAAGCCAGCAUCGGAUGGUCCGAAUCUGCACUUGUGCAGUUUGCAUGUAUCAAAGAUCAAAUUUUUAGUCUUGUUGUUAAUUAGUGACAAGAUUUUAAUUUGUGUAGCAUAGAGAUGUGUAUAUAUAUAUACUUAAGUAGUAGAUGAUAGAUAGGAAAAAAGGAAAAAAGAAAACUCUGUUAUUUGAGAGUGAAAAUAAGGUCACAUGUAAUUCGUCAAGGGGACAGUGAUCACUCACGAGAAGGUAGUUGUGUAAAAAGGCAAUAGUAUUACUAACAUUGUUGUGUCAUUUUUGGGCAGCAGUAAAAGCUGCUGUCUUGUUGACAUCACCAGUGAUGUGUGUGGUUUUUCAACUUCUCAAUACAUGUACAGUAGCAGUGGCCAGAGUAGAGUAUACAUUGGUGUACUACUACUACUCUCUCUCUCUUGGCCGGUCACAUGUUCACUUGUAACUUUUUCUUCCUGUAUGGUUCUUACUGGUUGCUACAACAA